AUGAAGUUCAAUCCCUUUGUGACUUCAGACCAAAGCAAGAACUGCAAAAAGCAUUUCAAUGCGCCCUCCCACAUUCACAGGAAAAUUAUGUCUUCCCUUCUCUCCAAAGCACUGAGACAGAAGGGCAAAAAUGUUCCAUCCGUGCCCAUCCGAAAAGAUGAUGAAGUUCAGGUUGUGCGAGGACACUAUAAAGGUCAGCAAAUUGGCAAAGUAGUCCAGGUUUACACAGAAAAAUAUGUCAUCUACAUUGAAUGGGUGCAGCGGGAAAAGGCAAAUGGCACAAAUGUCCAUGUGGGCAUUCAUCCCAGCAAGGUGGUUAUCACUAGGUUAAAACUGGACAAAGACCACAAAAAAAUCCUUGAAGAGAAAGCCAAGUCUCGCCAAGUAGGAAAGGAAAAAGGCAAAUACAAGAAAGAGACCAUUGAGAAGAUGCAGGAAUAAUGUA